AUGGAGGAUAAAAGUAGUACCACAGUUGAAGUACAAUACGUUGAAAUACAUUAUGCCGACAGUGUUGUGAUGUUGUACAUUACUGUUGCCACGUUAUUGGUCGGAACGGGACACGUAGACACGUCGUGCCACGUCACCAAUUAUAAUAAUGGUGGUGGGGCUGGCCAGACGAGAAUGGAGAGUGAACCGUCUACCGGCCGCCGUCGUCCGGUAAUAGAAAGAGCGUACUAG